ACGCCUUUUGGUUUAAAAUGCGUUAACAUUUAAAUUCGAAACUGCUUUCGAUUUUGCUUGUCUUGAAUAUCGAGAGUUUUAAUUCAGAGUCUUCAAGCAGGCAACGGAAAUUAUCCAAUUAUCAUGUAUGAAGGAGGCAUGAAGGCUUCUUAAUUUUCCUCCUUAGAGCACCACAAUGAAAUAAGAGCCCCAGUCGCUAAAUCAAAACAAACCGCUAUCAGUGAUUAUUUUAAUUUGCUAGUGUAUAACCGACGUAUGGUCAUUGCAGGUGCAAGUCUGCCAUAUAUAGGACGUCAGAAAUAAGAUUAAUUAUUAACUUAUUUGCAAAUGUAUCAUGCAUGACAUGGUAUAAGUAAGCUUAUUAAAGUAACUAUCCUUUUCAAAGCAAGCGAAAAUUUUCUUCCCUAUCAACUCUUAUAGGUUGUCCAAGCGGCCCCUCGAUCAUUGCAUGUAAAGAAGGAUGACUCUGCAGCCAUUUCAGGACGAGCAGUUAAACUAUUUCAAGUUUGCUUCCAUUGUAUUGAAUGAAUUCCCCAAGGCCUUACGCCAAACUUUCAAAUCCAUGUGGGACAACACCUUUGGACAUCUCCCUGGUUUCCAGCCGUGGGAUGACUCUAUUGCAGUAAGAAAUCUGUUUCUUAAUUCAGAAGGUGGCAGGACCAAAGUUCCCACAAACAUCUCUUACGAAAAAUGGGAUUGCACAGCCUUGUUCCAGGCCACUAUUUACGCGCGGUCCUUCGCUUUGCCCGACAGCAAAGGUCAUCACAAGAUACUCAGUGAUCUGUAUGUGAAGUCUCGUGGAAAGUUCCAUGCAUCUGUCUUGAGCCGGGCGGGAGACAAGACGGAAACACUUGCACUUGCAAUUGAUCAACUUCGACUGUUAAGGAACACACUUUGUCACUCAACCAAUUCUGAGAUUGACAAAGCAACAUUUGAUCAAUAUGUGCAGCUCUCUAAAGAUGCAUUCAAAGCUCUUGGAGUCAAGGCAGAUCCUAUUGAUGUCAUUGGUGGUUUGACUGAGUCGGACUUUCCCACAAAAGAAGUUCGCAAAUUGGAGCAAGCCAGGAAACAGGAGACCCGGGAAUAUAUCAAGUUUCUCGAGGGCAUGAGUUCAGACAUCGACGAAUUAAGAGCGCUAUCAACUGCAAUAAAAGGGGAAGUAGAAGGCAGUGCAAGUAAAGAGGACCUUGCUGUGUUAGAGCAAAGUAUCAAUGAUUUGAGACAAGCACUACCUCAAGACAAACCAGAUUCAAAGCCAUCUCUCCCAAUAUCACGUCUUGCUCCAAUGGUUCCACACUUCCUUGACCAGGAAGAACACCCAAGCACAGCUGACAGUUACCAUACACUCGGGGACACACAACAAGCACAAGGUGACUUUUCUUCUGCUAUUAGGUCUAAACAGCGUGCACUUGAUAUCAGGCUUAAACUUUUUGGAGAGGAACACUCAAGCACAGCUGACAGUUACCAUACACUCGGUGACGCACAACAUGCACAAGGUGACUUUUCUUCAGCUUUUCAGUCUAAACAGCGUGCACUUGAUAUCAGGCUUAAACUGUUUGGCGAACAAAACCCAAGGACAGCUGACAGUUACCAUACACUCGGGGAUACACAACAUGCGUUAGGUGACUUUUCCUCGGCUCUUCAGUCUAAACAGCAUGCACUUGAUAUCAGGCUUAAACUGUUUGGAGAAGAACACUCAACCACAGCUGACAGUCUCCAUUCACUCGGAGACACACAACAAGCCCAAGGCGACUGUUCCUCGGCUCUUCAGUCUAAACAGCGUGCUCUUGACAUCAGACGUAAACUGUUUGGAGAGGAACAUUCCAGCAUAGCUGACAGUUACCAUACACUCGGGGACACACAGCAUGCACAAGGUGACUUUUCCUCAGCUUUUCAAUCUAAACAGCGUGCACUUGAUAUCAGGCUUAAACUGUUUGGCGAACAAAACCCAAGGACAGCUGACAGUUACCAUACACUCGGGGAUACACAACAUGCGUUAGGUGACUUUUCCUCGGCUCUUCAGUCUAAACAGCAUGCACUUGAUAUCAGGCUUAAACUGUUUGGAGAAGAACACUCAACCACAGCUGACAGUCUCCAUUCACUCGGAGACACACAACAAGCCCAAGGCGACUGUUCCUCGGCUCUUCAGUCUAAACAGCGUGCUCUUGACAUCAGACGUAAACUGUUUGGAGAGGAACAUUCCAGCAUAGCUGACAGUUACCAUACACUCGGGGACACACAGCAUGCACAAGGUGACUUUUCCUCAGCUCGUCAGUCUAAACAACGUGCACAUGAUAUCAGGCUUGAACUGUUUGGCGAACAAAACCCAAGCACAGCUGAUACCCUUACCUAACAGAAGACUAUUUUUAAUCUGUUUUUAAACUGUUUUGAAAAACUAUUUUAACCUGCUUUUGUGAAACAGUUUAAUAAUUACUGUUUAAAGCGGUAAAGCGGAGCCCCAUACUCAUACAAAACCAGCGAAUCGCUUGUCUCAUGAUACAAAUGGCUAGAGGUAUUCCUUGUGGGUGCGUACGCACGACGACGACGACGUCGCACAACAUGGCGGCCAUACUCCAGCUAAUAUAUAGAUUUAACCAAACCUAAAAGCGGAGCUCCUGGGCCGGUUAUCAGAGCCCGAUUAAGAUAACCCAGGUUAAGCGAGGAUUGUGAGCUGAGUUUUGUAGCUUUGCGGUGAAAUUUUCUGUUUAUUGUUUGGCCUUCUGUUUUGAAUUUGAAUGAUCUCAAAAUACACAAAACAAAAUCAGUGAAAAACAUUUGUAUACAAGAAAAAAUUAUGCUUCAUUUAUCUUUCAAUCCUGGGUUGCAUUAACCGGCUUUCGAACAACCCGGCCCUGUUUAGAACAAGUUAACCUGGCAGGAGACCGCGAUCCAAAAGAAAGCCAGCACUUGGUCAGCGGUCAACUACAACCCCUCGAUGAGCUCUAAACUUGAGCCCACGAUACGGUCACGUGAUACUGGUCAGCGGAAACCUUCUUUAGACUUGUGCCAAUUGACCGUAACAUGGAUGUCCAAUUGUAUCGAAGAAGGAGGCUAUAAAUCAAUGCUGCAUGUCUCUUUCAACUUGAUAGCUGGAGUAUGGCCGGCAUCUUGCGCGAUUCCGUAUCGCAUGGGCCCGAGAGCAAUUAGAACAAUCACAUGAGUUUUGGAGGGCACAUAGUUUAUUUGUGGCCCGAACAGCAUCAUAUGAUGCUACGAGGGACUCAAAUAAACUAUAUGCCCGACAACAGUCAUUUGAUUAUCAUUAUUAUCAAUAAACGUAAGGCCAAAUCGUACAAAUUCAUGUUCUGGUUUCGCGUCAUUUUCUUUCGUAAAUGGCUUAGCCUUCGCUUCAAACAUUUUGUUGGCAGACAUGAAUUCGCUGUCUUGCAAAAUGUUUAUGUUUCGGCUGAGUGGAGCACAGGUUAGAUGGCCAUAAAUGGCCGCUCUAAUUCCAGUCGAUGCACUUAGAGUAAUGCUUGGCCCUUCUUUGUUUUCCCUUUAGCGAAGAACUUUCGCAGAAUUUCACUCAAAUCCGUUGGACUUACUGUUUUGAGAUCCAAUGUAAUUUUUCUUUUCUCGCACCAUUUCUCGAACUUUCUUACUCCCCGCUCAGUUGUUUUCUUGGUGUUUUUCGCUUGAGCUUUUUGCUCAAUUUCAUCCAGUUGAUCGUUGUCAAAGUCCAAGUUUUGACUAGAAAAAAGCUGAAAAUUUGGGACUUCAAAAUCUCCCAACGUCAAACGUUCACUACAGAACUACAAAGUGAGCAAGUGCAAACUCAUACACAAAAAUUCGUGCCAACUCUAAUGAUAUCCUCGGGAUAUCAUUGGCCGUGCGAAGUUGUUUGACAUCUCUGCAGCCAAUCGGAAUCAGGGCGGCAAAUGCGUUUUCACCCCGCGCAUUUUCCGUUUGGCCCGCAAAAUGGCGCGUUUUACAGAGGGCAGUUUGUCAUUUGGCCGCGCGUAUUGAUAAUAAUAGGGAUUAAUUUCUGCGCAUUUUCAAAGUUUUCACAAAAUUGCCUGAGCCGCGAAGCGACGAGGGCAAUUUGGAAAACUUUGAAAAUACGUGUGAAAUUAAUCCCUACUAUUCGUACGACACGAGCCGUCCCCACUUAAACUUUUUUCAGGUUGCGAAUCGAUGCAUUUUUUGAUGGCAAAAUCCUUCUACUUUUCCACCAAAAGACUGCGCUUUGUUGCAUGUCUGUUUUCUCUCACGUUAGGAUAAAAUAACCGCGUUUAGAUCAGACUCAGACGCGAUGGAUUUCUGAAACCGUUUGAAGCGGGAAACUAACGGCAAUUUGAAACCAACUUAAUGUAGCGUGCUCAGCCAAUCAGCAACAAGUAAUCAUGCCCCCUUGAUUACUAAAAGUGCCCUCGUGAUUAAGAAAAACUGGCCUCUGUCUGAGCCAGUCAGCAUUCAGUAAUUUUGCCCCGUAUGUGAUAACCAUGAGAAAAUCAGGUCAUGGGUUUCCUUUUCUGUCCUAUAUUGGUAUGGGGCUCCGCUUGGCAGCCCUUUGGGCCGCCGGAACUCCGCUAAUAGGACAUGCGGCCUUAGUAAACCGCGUACAUCGUUGAUAUUGGAAAUUCAUUUUAUGGUCAAUUGACACCUGUCAAAACAAGGUAUUCGCCGGUCAGUAUCACGUGACCAUAUUGCGGGCUCAAGUUUAGAUCUCAUCGGGGUCACGUGUUUUUUUUUAAUCUAACCGCUGACCAAGAGACGGCUUUUCGAUUAAAUCGCGGUCUCAAACAAGGUUAACUUUCUGUAAUCAAGGACCCGUUUCUCGAAGGUUCCGAAAGUUUUCGCACCCGGAAAGCCAUAACAAAAUCUUAAAUCUUACGAUUAAAGAGCUGUUUUAUUCAUACAUGCUUAAAAUAAACAGGGGUUCUUUUCAUACUAGGCGUUUCAGGCGUAUACACCCCUCUGGUUUUAGAUACAGAUAAAUUAAAAAUGGCUUUGCACGUCUAGAAAGUUUCCGGGGCUUUCGAGAAACAGGCUCCAGGGCCGGGUUGCUCGGUUGACGCUAACCCAGCAUUAAAAGUUAACCGAAGUAUAAAUAUCUCUUGUUUAAAAACGUUUUUCGCUGCCUAUGUUUUGUGCAGUUUGAGAUUAUUCAAACUCAGUGGGCCAAACAAUAUACGCAAAAAACCUCACUGCCAAGUUAAAAAAACAACAACUCAAAAUUCUUACUAAUCCUGGGUUAGCUUGAUUAGGCUUUGAACAACCCGGCCCAGGAGCUCCGCUUUUAAUUCUGGCUAACUCUGUAUAUUAAUUAAUCAAGUUUAAACAAAGGAAAUCAUGACUGUGACGGUGUUUGAAUAUCUCAUCUUAAUUAGCAUAGAUUUU